AUGUUUCCCACAGGUAUAUUUUGGAUGACUGUACUUAUUUCUCAGAUUCAAGAAAAGGUGAUUGUUGGGACAGAGGGCCAAGAACUGGUUUAUCCUAAAAAGCUUCCCCUGAUACGGAAACGGGAUCUUGAACACAUCCAUGACUCUGACAUACCGGAGGCAUAUGAAGAAGAAUUGUUGUAUGAAAUAAAAUUGGGCAAAAAAACUUUAAUCCUUCACCUUCUGAAAGCAAGGGAAUUCUUCACCUCAAAUUACAGUGAGACAUACUACAAUGCAAAGGGAGAGAUGAUCACCAAGCAUCCUCAGAUCUUGGAUCACUGUUUUUACCAAGGGUCCAUCAUACAUGAAUUUGAUUCUGCUGCCAGCAUCAGCACUUGUAACGGUCUGAGGGGCUUUUUCAGGGUGAAUGACCAACGGUUUCUCAUUGAGCCAGUGAAAUACUCCGACGAGGGAGAACAUUUGGUGUUCAAGUACAAUGCCAAGGCACCCUAUGCUACUGGUUACUUCUGUUCGGGGCUCAAUUUGACUAAGGAGUCUGUACUGAUAGAUGCUAAGUAUAAAGAAGAGCACAAAGUGGAAGGCUUCCACAAAGAAAAGUUUAUUGAGCUGUUCAUUGUUGCCGAUGAAUAUGUGUACCGCAGGAACGGUAAACCCCAAAACAAGCUAAGAAAAAGAAUUUGGGGAAUGGUCAAUUUUGUCAACAUGAUUUUUAAAACCUUGAAUAUUCACGUGACAUUGGCUGGCCUUGAAAUAUGGUCAGCUAGAGACCAGAUAGAAAUAGUGUCAAGUCUAGAAACUACCUUAUUGAGUUUUUCAACUUGGCAAGAAACAGUUCUCAGAAAAAGGAAGGAUUUUGAUCAUGCGAUUUUACUGAGUGGGAAGUGGCUCUACACGCCUAUGCAAGGAAUUGCUUACCCAGGAGAAAUGUGCCACCCGCUUCAUUCAUGCAGUGUUGUCAAGGAUCUUCUGCCAGAUGUAAAUAUAAUUGGAAACAGAAUGGCGCAUCAGCUGGGACAUAGCCUGGGCAUGGAGCAUGAUGACUUUCCAUGUACCUGUCCUUUGGGAAAAUGUGUAAUGAGCAGCAGUGAAAGCAUCCCUGCAAUAAAAUUCAGCAAAUGUAGUCUAGCCCAAUACCAGCAAUAUAUGAAGAAUCAGAAACCAGAGUGCAUAUUCAACAAUCCACUUUCUGACGAACUCAAUGAUUAUCCGUUCUGUGGAAAUAAGAAGGUGGAUGAAGGAGAAGAGUGUGACUGUGGGCCAGCUCAGGAAUGCACUAAUCCUUGCUGUGAUGCACACAGAUGCGUCCUGAAGCCUGGGUCCACUUGUGUGGAAGGAGGGUGCUGUGAAUCAUGUCAGAUAAAGAAAGAAGGGACCUUAUGCAGACAAGCAAAAAAUGAAUGUGAUUUUCCUGAAGUGUGUACUGGAUACUCUCCUGAGUGUCCUAAGGACCAGUUCCAAGCCAAUGGGUUUCCUUGCAAGAAUGGAGAAGGCUACUGCUUUAUGGGGCAGUGUCCCACUCGGGUUGAUCAGUGCUCAGAGUUGUUCAGUGAUGGAGCACAAGAGAGUCACAAUUUUUGCUACAGGAUGAAUAAAAAAGGCAACAGAUUUGGAUACUGCAAAAAAAGGGGAAACACAUUUGUUCCUUGUGAAGAGAAAGAUCUCAAAUGUGGGAAGAUCUACUGUCUGGGAGGCCAGCACUCAUCACUUCUCGGAGAGGAUAAAGCCUAUAACCUUAAGAACCCGAAGCAGAAUGCAACCGUCAAAUGCAAAACUGUGUUUUCACACCAUAAUUCUAAAGACAUUGGCCUGGUUAAUCCUGGAACAAAAUGUGCAGAGGGAAUGGUUUGCAGCCAUGGAGAAUGUGUACAAAUAGAAAAGGCCUACAAUUCAACCAGUUGCUCCUCCCAGUGUGAUGAAAACUCUGUGGAUGAUCAGAAACCUGAGUGUGAGUGUAAGGAAGAACCGCUAAUUACAGACUGGGGAGAAGCCUUAAACCUUACCAAUGUCUCCAUCAUGGCCAUCGUGCUUGUCAUGGUUAUAAUUGGUGUUGGACUUGUUACAUUAUUAAUUCGUUACCAGAAAUGCAUCAAGAUGAAGCAACAUCAAAGCUCUUCCAGAGAAACACAGGGAGUAGAGAAUAAAGGGUACUUUCCCAAUGAGCAUCAGACAAGGAGUGAUCCAAUCUUGACAGAUAUCCAUCCCCUACAUAGCACUGCGGAGUCCUUGGAGCGCCUACCUUCCAGUUUUUCAAGUCCUCACUACAUCACACUGAAAUAUGUCAGCAAGGACUCAAGAAGAAUUGCAGAUCCCAAGCAAAGUAAUAAUGUGAAUUUGAAGCUGGACAUCCAAAGCGGCUGCGCAAGACUAGGCUGA